GCGCCGAGACGAGUGCAUUUUUUUUUUUUUCUUUUUUCAUUUUGUUUGCUGGGCGUACGAUUUGAAGGCGAAAGAGAGCGUCCUCCCUCACACGCUGCCGUUGCCUUCUCUUCCCGUAGUGCGCUGCUGCUAUUUUUGAGCUUUUUGCCUGCCUGCCUGCAUUGUUUUCACUCCCUGCAUCGUCGGAUUUUGAGCUUCUUGAACUUGGCUUCGGAUUCAACCUCAGAUUCUGGGUUGCUUUGCUUCAAGAUCACGGUUUUAGAUCCCAUACCUUGUGAAGAAGGGUCAAAAGUCCCUUUCUUUUUUUCUUUGUCCUUCUCUCUUUCCUUCUGAUUUGGGUAUCCGACUGUGUCUUCGAUCUGUUGUAUGUGCGAAGCUCGUGAGUAAUGUAGCACAUUAGGAAUAUUACAUCACAUCUGCUUGUUCUAGCCCAUGCAUAGCUUUGUCUUCUUUCUUCUUUCUUCUUUCUCCUUGCGAGUUGGUAUUUCUUGACCCUCUUUCUUCCCUAGACCUCUUCAAUAGACCUCUUUCUUCCCACGAGGUUCAGAUUGCCGCAGGUCCUUGGGAGUGUUUGGCGAGCUAACUUACAGUCACUGCAUGAAGGAGUGCUGCAACGAUGAGAGAUGAUGAUCCAAAGAAAAGCAAGCUGUCUUGGUCCAAGGCCUUUGUUAAAAAAUGGUUCAACAUCAAGAGCAAAGGUCAGGAUAACCAUGUCGAUGAGAUUGCUAGCAAAGACAGCAGACAAUGGAAGGCUGACAUUUCGGAGAGGGAGGCAUGUACACUCAAGAAAAGUAGAACAGAUAGAUUGUUGCGAGAGAUAGAUCAUGUUCGGCAAGGAAGGUUCGAUCUACAUUCUGCUCAAAUAACAGAUAUUCAGGACUACAAGAUUUUCGCGGCCACUUGGAAUGUGGGUGGGAGGUCCCCACCAAAGAACUUGAAUCUCUUGGAUUGGAUUCAUGCUUCUUCUCCUGCAGAUAUAUAUGUUUUAGGGUUUCAAGAGAUUGUUCCACUCAAUGCUGGAAAUGUUCUUGGAACAGAAGACAACGGUCCAGCCAAGAAGUGGCUAUGGCUUAUUAGAAAGACUCUCAACAGUCCCGAUACAUGCGGCUCAGAUAGCUACCAUACUCCCUCUCCUGUUCCAGAUCCUAUCUUGGAAUUAAAUGCUGAUUUUGAGAGGUCAUCAGCGAGGCGGAAGACUUCUGCAUUCCUUCACCGACGUUCCUUCCAUUCACUCAGCUGUAGUUCAAGAAUAGAAGGGGAUACCAUGUUUCCUCACCUCAUGCAGGAUCGCCGAUUCAGUGUUUGUGAAAGAGUUAGUAUUGGGAGCAGGCCAAGUGAUUUUGAUCCCAGUUCAAGGGGUGAAGGCCCUGAAGAAUCAUCUGGUGAAGAAAACAUUGACGAGGAAUCACCUAAUGCACUCUUUGUCUCUCCAUUUUAUGGUUAUGGUGCUCCUCCAAAUAGCAAAGAAAGAGAUAGGUUUUCUGCAAAUUCCAGUGUCAGGUACUGUUUAGUUGCAAGCAAGCAGAUGGUUGGAAUAUUUCUUACAAUUUGGGUGCGCAGUGAUAUUAGAGAUGAUGUGAGAAACUUGAAGGUUUCAUGUGUUGGCCGAGGAUUGAUGGGUUAUCUCGGAAACAAGGGUUCUAUAUCAAUAAGCAUGUCUUUGCAUAAAACAAGCUUCUGCUUCAUCUGUAGUCACUUGACUUCUGGGCAGAAAGAAGGAGAUGAAUUACGCAGAAACUCAGAUGUCAUGGAGAUUCUAAAGAAGACUAGAUUUCCCCCAGCCCAGAGAGGUAAUAAUGAAAAGUCACUUGAAACAAUUCUUGAUCAUGAUCGCAUAAUAUGGCUCGGGGAUUUGAAUUACCGCAUUGGUCUUUCUUAUCGAUCGGUGAAGGCUCUAGUUGAAAUGCGAAACUGGAGAGCAUUAUUGGAAAAGGAUCAGCUCCGAAUAGAGCAACGAUGCGGUCGCGUAUUCGAGGAUUGGAAAGAAGGAAGGAUUUAUUUUCCUCCAACUUAUAAAUAUUCAAACAACUCUGAUCAAUAUGCAGGAGAUGAAAUGAACCCAAAGGAGAAGCGGCGGACACCCGCAUGGUGCGAUCGCAUAUUAUGGUUUGGCAGAGGUCUUAGUCAGUUGUCUUAUGUCCGAGGAGAGUCCAGGUUUUCUGACCACAGACCUGUUUUCAGCACUUUCACUGCAAAGGUUGAAAUGGCGAAUUAUAGUCAAUGCAAGAACAUGGGUUAUUGUAGUUCUCGUGUAGAGGUGGAAGAACUCUUAGCAUAUUCACAGGGUUAUGGCGGGCUAUGCUAGUACUAAAGCAGGUGUAAGAUCCCAUUCAAUAAUUUAGAUGUGCAGUAACAUUUGAUAAAUGAUCUAAUAUCCCGCCUUGUGAGGCAGCAAGCAGUUCUUCUGAUCAAACAAAUAGGAGACAACAUUGUAUCUUUGAAGUUGAUGAGAUUUUUGUCCAAGAAGUUUCAGAGUUUCGAUCCCAAACGACUCACUAACAUCUAUUAACCAGUUUUUUUAUGUUACUCAAAAUACCAUGCAUUCUCACGAGCAGCAUAUCGGUUUAUAGUUCUCACUUCAACAAAUGUGUUCCUGAAAUAAAAGACGGUAGUACCAACACUGCAAAGAGAGGGGGGCUUCUGGCUCCAUCGACAAGAUGCAGAGUGGAUGUCUUUUUUCACCCUGAUUGUUUUGCAUUUGCAGGAGUGCAGGAAUACUUUUUGUAGAGUGAGAAGCAAAAAUGUAUUACUCCCAAAAAUAAUGAUGUGCAUAGUUCUUUUCUGUUUUCAAGGUGGAAAAGGAUGGAUGAACUCUGAAUUCAUACUCAUUACAGUGAUACAGAAUGAUACUACUGCGUUGUUCAGAGAGCA